AUGGUAUCUGCUAGUAAGCAUGAGAAACGACGAAUUCAAGCUUAUUUAGUAUCAUUAUGUGAAGAAUUGAAACGACGUUUGGAACAUGAUAAGAAAAGUAUUGAAUUAACUCCAAGUGGAGAUAUUCUUGAAUUCAAACCGUCAAUAACUCGUAAAUUAAGACGACGUGCUAUAGGCGGAGUUAGUGGUGGUGGUGUUGGUAGUGGUGUUAGCCUUGGUCCUCCAGGCGGUGGAAACGAUCUGUCCGCUUCAUCGAAUCCAGCCAAUUUUAUGUAUUGGGGUGAUUUACUUCUAUGCGGUGGUUCACGUUGGUCCACCAUGUUGAAUUCAAAUUUAAGCACAAAUUUACAAAAAUCUAAUUCAGCUGAUUUAAACAAUAAUCCUCCUCCCAUCAAUGUAAAUACCAAAGAUGAUGAAGAAAAUACCGAUCCCAAUCAAUCUCAGUCUUCAAAUUUAGAAAAUGAAUCGAAAGACAAUGAUAGAGUAGUAAUUUCACAUAGUAAUAAAAUGCCUCCAGUGAUUCCAUCCAUCACAUCCUCCUCAUCAUCAACAGUGGCGACAUCGUCUGUCGCCACCGCCACCACCACUUCAACGUUCAAUUCAACAUCGAAAGUGAAUAUUUUUGGUAGUUUAGGUUUAAAUCCCUUAGAUGGAAGUUUAUUAUCGCAUUUAUUAGCUUCCAUAAAUAAUAAUAAUACUACUAAUAACAACACAUUAGCAUCAACAACAAAUUUCUAUACAAAUUCUGCAUAUUUCUCAUCAACUACAUUAUCAAAUGAAUUUUUAACUAAUGGAGGCGUUGUACUUGGCAAUGCAUCAUGUGGUUCUACAGCUGCUGUUGCCGCUGGUCUUAUUAUACCAUCGAAUGGUACUGGAACUGUUCAUUUAUCAAGUAGUAUGAAACUCUCACCAGUGGCUGCAUUGAAUUGUGGUCUAGUACCAUUAUUGAGUAGUAGUGUUGCAGCAGCCGCCGCCGCCGCCGCCGCUGCAGGUGCUAUUAAUACUACUAUCAAUAUGAAUAAUAAUAAUAAUCAUAAUAAUAAUACUAAUAAUAUUAUUAUUAAUCAUCCUCAUCAUCUUCAUCAUCAUUCAUCUUUAUCAUCAACAUCAACAUCAACAUCAUCGUCUAUGCGUAAACGACGUCAUCAAAAUAUUACACCUAGUGCACAAUUAAAUCUCUUAUUACCGGAACAUGAAAUCUAUGCUGAUUUAACUAUUAUUCAUAGAGCUUGUUCAAAAAUUGCAACUAUUCCCAACGGGACUUCAAUGAAUAUUGGUAGUCGUAAACAUACAUCGAAUAAUACAUCGAAUAGUACUAGCAAUACAUCCAAUCCAAGUCAAUUUCAUUGUAAUAGUCCAGUAUUAAGUCCUUCUCUAGGUAAAUGCUAUGAAGAGAAUUAUAAUUUAAAUAGAUUGACCAAAGAUUCUAAUACAACAACAACAACAGCGAUGAUGAAUAAUGCCUCUUCAUCAUCAGCUACAACACUGGAUUCACCUAAUUCAUCAUUUAUCACGAGUUCCAAUUUUGGUGGUGAUUUGUCAACAUCAACAACAACAACAACAACACGUUCUGGUACACGGACUACUGCUGGCAUUCAUUCAAUCAUGAAUAAUUCGAAUUCGAAUUCCAAUGCAACUCCUACAUUUUCUGUCUGGAUUGAUGAUGGACGAUUGUAUUGUGGCAAUAAAUGUUAUCAAAUUGGCGCUUCCAUUAUCUUAGAAGGUCGUGAUGGUUCCAGUCAUCGAUGUACUGGUACAAUAGCAUCUAUCGGUGUUCAAGAUCUAGCUAUACGUAGAUGUUCAGAUCAUGGAAUAUGUCGUGUCACUGUACAACAAUUAAAACAAGGACGAUAUACAAUAUGGCCAAAUAAAUUGGAAUAACUUCAUGUCAUCAUUCUUUUUCACUAACCAAACAAUUAACUUUAUUGUAAAUUGUAUAAUUUUGAUAAUACUUGCAUUUUUACAAGUGUUCCCGCACCCCUCCCGCCCCCGUAUAUAAUAUACGCCGAUAUAUAUAUAUUUAUAUAUUUAUAUGGAUAUGUACAUUUCAUCGUUUUCAUUUUCAUUGUCAUACUUUCACUUUUAUUGAUUGGUUAUACACACAUGUGUACACUCCUGGUCCCAUGGUGUGUUAUUAUUAUUAUUUGAAUUUUUGUAAUUACUCAUCAUUUUUCAUUUUAUAUAUCUCUUACAUUUUGUACAAACCAUUGACCGAU